UAUAAUAAUCUAUAGGGAGGCUAGGGUUUUACAUAUCUUGUUGUUCUGUUAGUCUAAGAUGAUGAGAUAGGAUUGGAUAACAAAUUGAGAGGAGAAUGGCAAGCAUGAACCCUUUUGAUUUGCUGGGUGAUGAUGCAGAGGACCCAUCUCAGCAAAUUGUUGCAGAACAGCUCAAGGCUCAGCUUCCUACCAAGCCACUCCCUCCCUCUCAGGCUGUGAGGGAAGCAAGAAAUGUAAAUUCACGCGGUGGUCGAGGAAGUGGCCGCGGCCGCGGUCGUGGUGGUUUCAACCGUGACUUGUUCAAUGAUGAAAAUUCAUUUGCUGCCCCUGCUGGUCAAGUUGCUUUUGAAGGAGAAAGACCUGCUUAUGGUGGCCCUCCUGGUCCUUAUCGUGGUAGUCGCGGUGGUGGUGGACGUGGAGCUUUCGGUAAUGGAGAAGCUGCUGAAGAUGGUCUCCCACGAAGACCAUUUGAACGUCGCAAUGGGACUGGACGCGGAAAUGAAUUCAAACGGGAAGGUGCUGGGAGAGGGAACUGGGGUGUACAGACUGAUGAAUUUGCCCAGGCAACUGAUGAAGUGAAUGAAACUUCUAAGAAUUUUGGUGAUGAAAAGCCUUCAGGUGAGGAUGAUGUUGCGGCAAUUGGAAACAAGGAGAAUCCUGCUAAUGAAGCUGAAGAAAAAGAGCCUGAGGAUAAGGAGAUGACUCUCGAGGAAUAUGAAAAAGUACUAGAAGAGAGAAGGAAGGCUUUGCAAGCACUUAAGACUGAGGAGAGAAAGGUAGAUACUAAAGUUUUUGAAUCCAUGCAGCAGCUGUCAAACAAGAAAGACAUUGAUGACAUCUUUAUUAAGCUGGGAUCUGAUAAGGACAAGCGCAGAGAGACUCUUGAGAAGGAAGAUAAAUCCAAAAAGUCUGUCAACAUCAAUGAGUUUCUGAAGUCCCCAGAGGGUGAAAGUUACUAUAACCCGGGUGGGCAUGGACGCCGUCAUGGUCGUGGACGUGGUGCAAGAGGAGGUUAUGGUGGCUAUGCAACUGCUAACAUUCCAGCUCCAUCAAUUGAAGAUCCUGGGCAAUUCCCUACUUUGGGUGUCAAGUGAGAAUUUCCAGUACUGUGCUGACAUUUUUAUGUACUACCUCCUCUCAAUUUUGGUUCACUGCUUUGAAGCAGGAAAAAGAACUAUGGUAAUUGGAUUUCCUGUAUGGGCAAUUUUUUUUUAUAACGUCUUAAAAUGUAAAUUUAGAUUGUUUCUUUGUGCCCCCCUUAUUCUCUUAUAAUAGACGAUGACAUUCCCCUCUUUUUUAGAUUGAACAUGAUAGAUUUUCUUUAAA